AUGUCACAAUCAUCGAGAAAGAAGCUCUUGCUCAUGGGCCGAUCGGGCUCAGGAAAGUCGUCGAUGCGCUCCAUCAUUUUUUCCAAUUACUCGGCUUUUGAUACUCGAAGAUUGGGAGCAACAGUGGAUGUUGAGUUGUCACAUCUCCGGUUUCUAGGAAACAUGUCGUUAACAUUGUGGGAUUGUGGUGGACAAGAUGUAUUUAUGGAAAACUAUUUCACCAAUCAAAAGGAUCAUAUUUUUAAAAUGGUUCAAGUUUUGAUUCACGUUUUUGAUGUCGAAAGCAAACUGAUAAACAAGGAUAUUGAGAUAUUUGUUAAGAGUUUAACCAACUUGCAAAAAUAUAGUCCAGAUGCAAAAGUGUUUGUACUAUUGCACAAGAUGGAUCUUGUACAAAUUGAUAAGAGACAGGAGCUAUUCACGAUCAUGAUGGAUAAGUUACAAAAGAUUAGUAAUCCUUACCAUUUCAAGCUUAUUGGUUUUCCCACAAGUAUCUGGGAUGAAAGUUUAUACAAGGCAUGGUCCCAAAUCGUUUGUUCACUAAUACCAAACAUCAACCUAUUCAACAGUAAUUUAAUCAAGUUUAACUCAAUUUUGGAUGCUGAAGAGAUUAUCUUGUUUGAGAAGACAACGUUUCUAGUUAUAUCAUCCACUGCUUCAAUCAAGCAACAGCAGGAGCAACAGCAACACAAAUUAACGAAUGGGAAACUUGGAUCUCAAAAAGAGGAGAUAGAAGAGUUGGACCCAAAACGAUUUGAAAAGAUUUCCAACAUCAUUAAAACGUACAAACAAUCAAUAUCGAAAUUAAGAACAAAUUUUAAUAACUUAAUUAUUAGAGGAAGCAAUGGCACAACCUUUUAUCUCGACAUUUUAACAGAAAAUAUGUUUAUCAUGGUUGUGUUGAAGAAAAAGAUUGAGGUGUUGAAUGGGUCACCAGUAGAGCAAAAUGAGGAGUCAUUGGUACUCGAUAAUAUCAAGGCAGCCCGGAAAUGGUUUGAAAAGAUUGAAAAUUCAAAGUAG